UGACGUGGAACUCCGAGCUGAGCUUCCGGGACGGACUGAGAGACUUUAUCGUGAUUAGAGGAGUAGAGGGCCGCUUCUCUGUACACCAUGGGGGGUUUCUUUUCCAGCAUCUUUUCCAGUUUAUUUGGAACGCGAGAAAUGAGAAUUUUGAUUCUGGGUCUUGAUGGAGCUGGAAAGACCACAAUACUUUACCGAUUACAAGUGGGAGAAGUUGUCACCACUAUUCCAACAAUCGGUUUUAAUGUUGAGACAGUAACUUACAAGAACCUAAAAUUUCAAGUGUGGGACUUAGGAGGACAAACAAGUAUAAGGCCCUAUUGGCGUUGCUACUACUCCAAUACAGAUGCUGUCAUUUAUGUGGUAGACAGCUGUGACAGAGACAGGAUUGGUAUCUCUAAGUCUGAACUGGUUGCUAUGUUGGAGGAGGAGGAGUUGAAAAAAGCCAUCUUGGUGGUGUUUGCAAACAAGCAAGACAUGGAACAAGCAAUGACCCCCACAGAAGUAGCUAACUCACUGGGAUUACCAGCUUUAAAGGAUCGGAAGUGGCAGAUUUUCAAGACAUCAGCUACAAAGGGAACAGGCCUCGAUGAAGCUAUGGAAUGGUUGGUGGAAUCUCUGAAGAGCAGGCAGUGAAAUGCUGUACAUGUCACCACUCCUCAGAAAAAUGCAUAUGGAUGUAGAUACGACGUCUGCACAGCAACACAUGACAUUGGUCUACUAGUGAAUGAAAAGGGUGUAUACAUUAAAUUCCAUGUGUCCUCUUCUCCAGUAGCACUGUAUAAUACUGCUCUCUAUGUGCCUGUUCUGUAUUGUAGAUUCAAUUUAUUUAUCUUUUUUUUUU